GCAGGAAGUAGUAUGAUGAGUCCAGGGCAGCAUUUAUGUUCAUCAAACAUUUGCUUUCAUGGCUUUCCUGAGAUAUUGUUUGUCUCAAUCACAAUUCACACCUUCAGUGAAGCUCUUCCUGCUCCAGUUUACAGGUGAAGAUAGAGGAAUAAAGUGGGAUAUAAAGAGUCAAGUGUAACAGCUGAAGUCCAUUAACUAUUGCCAAAAUGAUGUCAAUUAAAGAGGAGAAAGAAGACUUGAGUUAUCCAGAGACAUGGAUAAUAAAAAGUGAAGAUACAGAGGAACAAAGAGAUUUCAUGGAUGUGAAAGAGGAAAUCCAAGAGCUGAAUGACAAGGAGGAGAAAUAUCAGAAUGAUAAAUCUGAUUUUAUUUUUGGUGAAAAAUAUUCAAAUUGCUCACAGAUUAAAAAUAAUUUCUCACAAAAAACUACUCGAACAAAAGCCAAAAAUACAUUCACAUGCCCUCAGUGUGGAAAGGGUUACACACACAAAGGACACUUUAAGAUUCACAUGAUGAUUCACACUGGAGAGAAGCCUUUUACAUGCUCUCAAUGUGGAAAGAGUUUUGCACUAAAAGCAGUUCUUAAGAAGCACCUGCGACUACACACCGGAGAGAGGCCUUUCGUUUGCCCUGAGUGUGGAAAGAGUUUCAGAGACAAAGGACACCUUAAGAGUCACAUGAUGAUUCACACUGGAGAGAAGCCUUUUACAUGCUCUCAAUGUGGAAAGAGGUUUGCAACAAAAGGAGAUCUUAUAAAGCACCUGAGAAUUCACACUGGAGAGAGGCCUUUCAUUUGCCCUGAGUGUGGAAAGAGUUUCAUACAAAAUGUACACCUUAAGAGUCACCUACGAAUUCACUUCAUUCACACUGGAGAGAAGCCUUUCAAAUGCGUUCAGUGUGGAAAAAGUUUCAAACAAAAAGGACACUUUACGAUUCACAUGAAGAUUCACACAGGCGAGAAGCCUUUUACAUGCUCUCAAUGUGGAAAGAGUUUUGCACUUAAAGCAGUUCUCAAUAAGCACCUGAGAAUUCACACUGGAGAGAGGCCUUUCACAUGCCCUCAGUGUGGACAGUGUUUCACAGACAAAGGACACCUUAAUAGUCACAUGAAGAUUCACACUGGAGAGAAGCCUUUUUCAUGCUCUCAAUGUGGAAAGAGGUUUGCAAUAAAAGGAGAUCUUAUAAAGCACCUGAGAAUUCACACUGGAGAGAGGCCUUUUAUUUGCCCUGAGUGUGGAAAGAGUUUCAUACAAAAUGUACACCUUAAGAGUCACCAACGACUUCACAUCGAGGAGAAGCCUUUUUCAUGUCUUCAGUGUGGAAAGAGUUUCAAACAAGCAGGCUAUCUCACAGUUCAUCAGCGCUAUCACUCUGUAUUAAAGCCAUUUUACUGUGAUCGGUGUGGCAAAGAAUUUAUGUGGGAAUCACAUUUCAAGGUACACUUGACCACUCAUGCAAAUGAGAAGCCUUAAGGCUUUUGCGCACCAAACCCUAUGAGAUUAUGAGAAAUGAAUCACGACCUUUAACCUUAAAAGUGAGGCGAAUGAUCGGCAUUAACACAUUCACGCAUUUACAAUAGGUGGCAGUUAUUGACAAUCAAUUAUCCCGGUACGGUAGAUUGCGCAAAGAGCUAUUCAUCUAGUCUGCCCAUCGCAUAUGAUGGAUGAGAAGAAAAACUUGACAAGUAAUCACAAUAUGAAAGACAAGCGAGUUCUCUAGAGAGCACAUAUGAAAUGCAUAAAACAUAUCUCUCUACAAGCUGCAGCAAUGAUGACAAGUGUGUUGAUUAGAUUAAUGAUAACAAAACGUUUGAGACAAUUCACAAACUAUUUCAGUUCACAUUCUGGACAAGUUGACUGAGUAUUAUUAUGUAGACAGUUUGAGGGUGUAAAAUCACUGCAUAAUGAACAGACACAAUGACCCUGUUUCCACCUGGUUUCAGAUGAUCUGACCACAUUUGGUCAGCGCUAAAUUAAGUAUAAACGAGGUCUAAAACAGAUCACAAAAAACACAUACAAAAUGUGAUCAAAAACGCAUGUGACCACGUUGCAGUUGAGGUGUAAAUGCUAACUGUCCUGAAUACAUCCUGGACAGUAGUGAAGCGCCGCCUGUCACUUGUAAAUCAACUGCUGCGCUGUAUAAACUUUGAUGGUUACGAGUGGUUUUAAAAGGAAAAUAAACAUACCAUCAGAUAUUUUGAAGAGGAUGAUACAUACUCAAGCACAAGAUAUGAUGUGUCUGAUAUCAACAUGCAGAUACACAGAUGAGAAGCACAAACAUUUGAACCUUUUAAUAAAGGUAAUCCACUUAAAUAAUGGAUAAUUGUGCUCGAAAGGUUACGUUCUGGCAUAGAUUAAAUUUUAGCUGCAUCUGGUUUUCAGCAUUUUUUUUCUUUCUUUCUGCAGUUUCUUUGUCUUUUCUGACUUUUUUUGCUUUAAUAUCAUGUAGUAACUCAGUAACACAGUGAUUGAUGUAUGUCUUCAUGAAAUCAGAGACCCUCCCCUCUAAAUCCAAACACAAGUGGUCGCAGGAGACUCAUUUAGCGACGAGGUGUAUACGGCUCACAUUUGUCUCAUCUGACCACAUGUGAUCAGAUCAUCCGAGAUGCAUCUUAAUACCAGGUGUAAAUGUGGUCAUUUGUCUCCCUUCAAGAGUAGUCUGGUAUAUUGUAAUUACAAGUUCCGAGCACAUGAAUGACCCAGCGAAGUCAUAUUAACGAGUGGUAAACUCUGAAUUUUAGAUGAUACAUGAGUUUCCAUGUUGGGAUAUUGGAAGGGACGGAUCAACAUGAAAGAUGAUAGGAAGUAAAGAUUUUGUUAAAUUAUUUCAAUAAUAUUCAUUUGUUUUAGAUGACGGUCAACUAAUGACUCACCCUUCAUGGUUUGUUUUAUGCAAAUUCAUUAUUAAUAUGUUAGAUACCAUGCAUUAAUUAUGUCAUUGAUUAUUGGUGCAGGUUUAUUCACUAAUGUUUAUCCACCGGUACAACAGAAUAAAUUUUGCCGUUGUUUAUUUAGUAAUUUAUGAAGUUUGACUUAAUAGUCAAACUUUACGGUUACGUUUGACCGUAUUUUGUUUCCCAAUUGAAAGCGUGACAUGUCCUAGUAACAAAUGCCCAACUCGGAGGUACAAGCUUUCCAGGUGGAAUAAAAUAGGGAUCCAUUCUUUCAAGUCAAAAUUGAAAAAUCACUGAGUUUGAUGUGCAAAGGACUUUAAUUUUGAUCUUUUAGUGGAAUGAGCAGCCUCAGGAACCCUGAUAGAACAUGAGGGAGUGCAUAUUGGUGUAAGGCUGUUGCCCCGAUAUCUGGACUCAAGAACCCUCUGAGAAAAAAAAGAAUAUCUGAGAAAAUCUACCUAAGAAUUCUCUUUGAAAAAUUACCAUCUCUACCUCAAGCAUCACACCCACUGAGAGUAAAUUAUAACUGCAAUCUUCCUUGUUCUCCCACAUCUGUUCUCUUUCUGCCUCGCAGACUCUCUUCCUUCUCUCCCUUUUCAGCUCAAAAUCACCUGAAACUCACCUAAUGCCUGUAUGUACUAAAUCUAUUAUUGUAUGUACACAAAUCUGACUAUACAUGUUUCAUAUAAUAUAAAAAGGUCUCAGUGUGACUGGUACAGUGGUCUGCUGCCCACAAAAGUAGAUUACAUGGCAACAAAGUUUGCUGCCUCCUUGGUUUUCAUCCUGUGUGCUGAUAAGGUGGCCGAUUAUGUUUAAUGUGUCUGGACAUUUAAGGGAAGCUUGCAAAGUUGUCAGCAGGAUUCUGUAGCCAGAUGAACCCCAUGAUGUUGUGUGCAACACCAUGUCUUACUAUAAAGUCAAGUAUGCAUCUCUUACUUUUAAGAUUCAUCUUUGAGCCUUGCAUGUUUUGUGUUGAUUAUUUUUGAAUUUAUUAUGUAA